GGGAUGAACUGGGAUGAGGCUCCUUACCCCAGCAGUGGGGGCUGGGGUGAAGUUUAGGGAUGUGGAACAACCUGGGGUGCCUGGAAUGCUGGCAGUGGUGGAUGGGGCUGGUGGGCAGUGAAGAUAUCCUGGUGGGGGAGUGGAGCUGGGUGAUCCCUGGAGCUGGAAGAGGCAGAGUCACAGCGGUGAGACAGGAUUUAUCUUCUGGGAGGGCUGAGCUGGCAGACUGCCCACACCAGCUCUGCAACCUGCUCUGGGCAAUGCCUACCGUGACACACUGUCACACACCAGGACUUUGGAAGAAUCUAGAUGUUUUUUUCCUCUACCCCAAACUCAAAAUAGUGUUCCGAGUUCAUCUCCCAUCCCUGCACCCCUGUGACCCAGCAUCAAUCCCAGAAACAUGGGGACCGUGACACUGGAAUUGUCCCUGCUGGCUGUGGCUCUCCUGUGCCCAGCCACUGCCAUGCUGCGCAUCGGUGCCUUCAACAUCCAGUCCUUUGGUGACACCAAGAUGUCCAACAAGGAAGUGGCAGAGAUCAUCAUCAAUGUCCUGCGCCGCUACGACGUGGUGCUGGUGCAGGAGGUGCGCGACUCCGACCUCAGCGCCGUCACCGAGCUCAUGGAGCAGCUCAACAGCGCAUCCACAUCCCAGUAUGACUACGAGAUCAGCGGCCCCCUGGGACGGGAGAACUACAAGGAGAUGUACCUGUUUAUCUACAGGACAGAUGUUGUGUCUGUGGUGGACACCUACCAAUAUGAGGACCCCCAGGAUGUCUUCAGCCGGGAGCCAUUCAUCCUGAGGGUCUCAGCACCCAGCACCAAGGCGAAGGAGUUUGUGCUGGUGCCCCUGCACUCGGCCCCACAUGAUGCUGUCGCUGAGAUUGAUGCGCUCUACGACGUCUACCUGGCCAUCAUCAACAAGUGGGGGACUGAUAACAUGAUGUUCCUGGGGGACUUCAAUGCCGACUGUUCCUACGUCCAGCCGAGUGACUGGCCAUCCAUCCGCCUGCGCACCAGCGACAUCUUCAAGUGGCUGAUCCCCGACAGCGCCGACACCACCGUGGGCAAGUCAGACUGCGCUUAUGACAGGAUCGUGGUGUGUGGCAACAAGCUGAAGAGAAGCAUCCUGUCCAACUCAGCUGGUAUCUACAAUUUCCAGCGCGCUUUCCAGCUGGACCAGGAGGAGGCCCUGGCAGUCAGUGACCACUACCCAGUCGAGGUGAAGCUGGCGGCCUGAGCUCCUCCUGCAGCCACAGACCAGGAUCCAGCUCCAGCUCCCACCACCAAUCCCCAUGAAGGUUCCACUCAGCCCCAU